AUGGCACAUUAUAUCAUGUUGCUGUGUUUCACUCUGCUGCUCGCUGUCGGAAUAGCACAGUCUGGACUCAUUAUUAAUCUGGACACUGGAGAGCUUUGCCUUCAAAGCAUUCAGUGUAAGAGUAACUGUUGCCAUAGAAAGGAUGGGUUGAGUUUGGCACGGUGCGCUCCCCUAGCUGCUGAAAACCAGAAGUGUUCCCCUUGGCACCUCUAUGGAGUCUACUAUCACUGUAAUUGUGAAAUGGGACUAAAGUGUAAAGUAAACCACACUCUUGUUGGACUCGUCACCAACACAGACUUCGGAUACUGCAAGGACCCAAAUGAUCCAUGA